CUCUGCAAAACUCCCUCUCUCUCUUAGAUCAGGCUAUCCGAUCAGCUUACGUGCAUCUCAUUUUUCUCCGAAACUCUCCCUCCCUCUCUUCCUCAAGCAUUACAAUGGAUUCUAGUGCUAGUGAAAUAACCCAUGCAUUCCCACCUUUCUUCCUUGUACACAGAGAUGGCAGCGUCAAGAGGCUCAUGGUCGCCGACUACGCUCCCCCAACUGUUGAUCCCCAAACCGGCGUCGAAUCAAAAGACGUGUUGAUCUCCCCAGAAACCGGGGUCAAAGCCCGCAUCUUCUUACCCAAAAUCAACGUCCCAGAUCAGCAGAAGAAGCUCCCCCUUAUCAUACACUACCACGGUGGGGGCUUCUGCAUCGGGUCAUCCCUCGACAUCAUCACUGCUCGAAUGCUCACCGUCCUAACCUUCGUAGCCAACGCGAUCACUAUCUCCGUUGACUACAGGCUCGCUCCAGAGCAUCUGUUGCCAAUCGGGUAUGAUGACUCCUGGUCCGCGUUACAAUGGAUUUCCACCCAUUUAAACCGCGAAGGACCUGAAUUAUGGUUAAACCAGCUCGUUGAUUUCGGGCGGGUUUUCUUAGUGGGUGAGAGCGCUGGUGCAGCUAUAGCCCACCACAUGGCGGUUCGGGUUGGGACUACUAAGGGUUUGGAAGGCUUGCGUAUUCGCGGGGCGGUUAUAGUGCACCCGUAUUUUGUGGAUAAUGAUCAACCAGAUGAGCUAGUGCGGUACUUGUCUCCGGGGCCUAUUGCGGCGAAUAGUGACCCGAAAUUGAAUCCGAAGGUGGAUACGGAUUUGGAUAAAAUGUGUUGUGAGAAGGUGCUGGUGUUUGUGGCAGAGAAUGAUGGGUUCGGGUUGAAACCAAGAGGUGUGGAAUAUUGUGAGACCUUGAAGAACAGCGGUUGGAAAGGGGAUUUGGAAUUGGUGGAGAAUGAAGGGGAGGAUCAUUGCUUCCAUGUCUUCAAUCCCACUUGUGAAAGUGCAUUGGUUUUGGUGCAAAAGGUUGCUUCUUUUGUGAAUCAAGAUUGAAUGUACCCUUCGACCUCUAAUUUCUAUAUUUUUCACAUCAAAAUGUACCAUUCUAUGGUGCAAAAUGUUGCUUCUUUUGUGUAUCAA